AUGGUGUUUGAAUGGAAAAAUAACGUACUUUUAAUAACUGGAGCUUCCAAGGGCAUUGGAGCCAGCGUAACUAGACAAGCAUUAGCUGAAGGUGUCCAGCAAGUUUUCAAUUUAGACAUUGACAAGGAAAACGGUGUGGCACUACAACAGGAACUGAAUGAUAUCUACGGCGAUAAAAAGGUUACAUUUAUAUAUUGUGAUGUAGCAAAUGAAGAACAAUUGAAAACUAAUUUUAAACUUGUGUUGGCAGACAAUUCAAAAAAUUACAUAGUAGUCAACAACGCCGGUAUAUUUAAUGAUAGUUUACAAACAUUUAAAAAGGAAAUAGAUAUUAACCUAACUGGUCUAGUUACUGGCAGCUUGAUAGCUUUGGAUUUGAUGCGUAAAGACAAUGGCGGUAAUGGAGGGACAAUCAUCAACAUGUCAUCUAUAACUGCUUUCAAUGUGGUACCCUGCUUUCCUGUUUACAAUGCCACCAAAAGUGCUAUUUUGACAUUCGGUAUCAGUCUUGGCGCUGAUGAGUUCUACAAUCGAACAGAUGUUCGAGUCAUAACAAUUUGUUGUGGAAUGACUGAUACCUCAAUUAUUUUAAAGGAGAAUAUAGGGUCAUUUGAUGAAGAAAUGGUACACAAAAUGAUUGAGAUAAUGGAAGACUAUCCAAAUCAAAGUGGGGACUCAGCAGGUCGCGCGGUAAUCGAAGCUUUUAAAUACGGCGCAAGCGCAAGUGUCUGGUUAUCCAAUGCAGACAAUCCUGCAGAAGAUAUCACAAAUUUUGUAACAAAAGCUAAUAAAAUCAUGGCGGAGCCGAUUUUAAAAUAUAAAAAAUAA